UUUACGUGCUUGCGUCCGUUCGUACAAUUGAUCCACUUUCAUUCCUAGCCUUCCAAAAUACUCCCACACUCCCAUAUCAAGUGUAUAAAUAGAUCAACCAAAUUGAAGCUAGCCUAAGGCUAGGCCUUAUUCAUUUAUCUUCAAAGCUAAGCUAAGCCAACUCUCCUAGCUUUCCUUAAGCAACCCAUUGAUCAAACAGAUAAUGGUAAAGAUAAAUUGAUGAACGUUUUUUGGGUAUUUUGGCAGCAAAAGGCAGUGAUUAGUGUCACGAUGAGGGAUGAGAAAGCUCGAAUCAAAGCACACAUGAUUGCCGUUCGCCAAUCAGGAGUUGUUUCUGCUUCGGUGGAACAAGAGAAGGGGCUGAUAGAGGUGGUCGGCGAGUUUGACGUGGUGGUACUGACGAUCGAGUUACGGAAGAAACUUGGCCACGCUGAUAUAUUGACGGUGGCGGACAUAGUUGAGAAAAAGGAAGAAAAGAAGGAAGAAAAGAAGGAAGAAAAGAAAAAAGAAAAGAAAAAGGAGGAUGAACAGCCAAAACCCCAAAGUAUGAUGGUCACUUAUGAUCCUUCUGGUUUUCGGCCACCACCUCCCUAUUACUAUGCUUAUCCAGUUGAUCAUUAUGAAUAUGCAGCAGGGUGAGCGAUGAUAUUGUAAUUAUAUUCCUGCACUGGUCUUGAAGCUUUUAAUUUCCUUCAUUUAAUAAUAAUGUCAAGAUCGAGCCAAUUCAAAGACAAUUGAAGGCUCGGAUAGUUGGCUAUAACUUAGUUUCUGUGGAAUUUAUUUAAUUUUAUGGAGUUGAACUAUGCCCGAUCACCACGGGAUAUAAUUUGGAAUUCGAUAUUUUUAUUUAUUCAUUAAUAAGUUAAUUGGUCACUGACGAAUGCUG